AUGCACGAUAACUACAAAAAAGCCAAACAUACAGUAGUUUUCGACCUAGAACUGGCGGAUUUCAAGUGGACUGGUGAUGGCCACUCGUGUUUGGCGCUAGCAUUGUCAACUUGGUUCAGCCGCGGUUGGACCGCGCUUGAGCUUAGAUCAUCCGAAUCCGUCAAAGUUGUUUUCAAGAAUCCGAACGGAGGCAGACGCGUAUUGAAAGAUCUGGACUCCAAGAUCGUUCAACCCUCAAUGCACCUUUACGCCCAUCCAGGAUGGAAGUCAGUUGCAGAACAUAUAAGAUGGCUUCGGCGUAACCAAAGCAAUUUCAACAGACCCUCCGAGUAUCCUGACUUUGGAGUUUUCCCCGGCAGCAUAGCUUUCACCGUAACCCCUAUUGAAAGCCAACGGUCUGACUUUACCAUUGACAGCCUUCUAAGCAUCCUAGAACCGAGAUAUACUUGCUGGGCCCGAGACCGAAUUAUCAUCGCAGCGCUCCUAGUCGGAACAAAUUCUAAGACGCCCGACCAAACAUGGUUUGAUCCCGAGCAGCCGCGUGCUGAUAUAUCUAGAAAAAUUCUCAUCAAGAUUGGGAGUAUCAGCUAUCACUCAAUAUUCCAUGACGAAGUUCCCAUCUUUGAGAGCGGCCCGUGGUCUUGGUGUCCACCCUCGUUGUUUGGCUUUGGAAGUCGAGCCUAUUCGCCGGGUAGUGUUUACUCGGUUGGAGCCUUUCUCUCCGUCGGGACGGAUGGUCACCUAUAUGGAAAUUGGAAUGUGUUCGAAUUACCAGACGAUGCCGCCGAUAGGUUGAGGCCUCAUGCAUCACACCCUCACUUAAAAUCGCGUAUUAUGGUGGCCUUAAGAGAGCACACCAAUUUUUACCUGCUCAGCGCGCGAGAAAGUCGUCAAAUCUCAAAAUAUCUGCUUGCAAAAGCAACAGAACAAUACACCAACGAUCAGAAAAGCAAAUGUUGGCAGGGGGCGGGGGGGUACUUCCCACCUCCUGCCAAGGUCUUUCAGUAUGUGGGAAUCGUUAUCGGUCAACUCCCUCCCGAUGCCGAGUGCAUUGCGCAUGGACAGAACUGCCGAUUGUGA